AUGCUUUCUGAACAAGAGUUCUUGUCGCGCCUUCCCCCUUUUCUCAGCCAUUGGUUGGGCUACCGGGCAAAUGCGCCAAAGCCUCGUCCAAAGUAUCUGGUCUAUCUCUGGUCGUUCCUGGCUUCUUUCUGUGGUCUUUGCGUCGUGCAAGCGAUAUUCAACUACUCGUCUUACUUUGUCGGCCGCGGCGUGCCCGGUCUGAUUGCGUCCUAUGGAGCCUCAGCAGUCCUCGUGUACGGGGCCAUUGAAAGUCCUUUGGCACAGCCUCGCCCUUUGAUCUUUGGGCAUUUUUUCAGCGCAUUGAUCGGCAUCUGCGUGACGAAACUCUUCAGCUUGAUGCCAGAUGAGGAGAAGUUCAAUUCCUUGCGCUGGCUAGCCGCUUCGCUCUCGUCUGCCAUCGCCAUUGUGGUUAUGCAGAUCACGGAGACAACUCAUCCCCCGGCAGGCGCGACGGCUCUUCUUCCUGCCGUCGAUGAAGUUGUGUGGAACUUGUCCUGGUACUAUCUGCCUGUCGUGUUGCUCUCCUCCACGAUGGUCCUCGCUGUGGCUCUAGUCCUGAAUAACAUCCAGCGCCGCUAUCCAACCUUCUGGAUUAGUCCUCCCAAGCCUAAGUCUGUCCUUCCUCAGGCUACCACCACUACGAAAUGA